CAGGCCGCCCGCGCCGCGGGCCCCGCCGCAGCGAGCCGGGCGGGCGGCGCGCAGCGGCCAGGCAGGAUCCCGCACCACGGGCCGCUGGCCAGGGCCGCUGGCAAGCCCUUUGGCAAGCCCAUUCAUAUCUUGCCCCGCAAGUACACCAAGCUAUAUCGCCGAGCCCCUCUGCCCAAGAGGUUCAAGAACGCCACCGAGGCGCGCAUGGAGGCGCAGGACGAGGUGAAAGCCAGGCACGCCGCCGUGGACGCCGCGGACUCGAGGGCUGGAGUGCACAGACGGGCGAAUCUGCGAGGCGGCGCCGAGGAGGAGCACGGGAGCCACAGGCGCAAGCGCAAGUGGCACGUGACAGAGGAUGAUCCGAUGGGGCCUGGCACCAAGGCGUACAAGCAGCAGGAGGAACUCGCUGCCGAGCUGCGGGCGCUGAAAGCCGGCAUUGCCAACCAGAAGCAGAACUCCAGCGUGACGAAGGGCGCCAACGCCUCCAAGGCAGACGACGAUGACGACGACGACGCCGCCAUCCCGAAGCACCUGCCGCACUAUCCGCCCGGGGGUGGCUACUCCGAGGCGGAGCGCGAGGCCAACGAGAAGGCGAUGCAGUCGAUGCAGAGCAACUUCGAGGGCGAGAUGUCCCAUUACCAGGCCGCAGCGGUCGAGUUCUCCGCCGAGACGGGCAAGGGUCAGGCCAAGGUCCUGGCACCGCUGGCGGCGGCGGGCAACGGCGACUCGCCGCCGGGGCUCAGGCCUGCCGCAGACGACGACUUCUGAGCCGCUGGGUGGCUGUCCGCCGCCGACGGAGCCGAGACGGGGAUUCGAAAGAGAUCGUCCGCUGGCGGUUCCGUCGCACCCGUGUCGGUGCGAUCGGAAUGGGCCGAGGAGGGAUGGG